ACAUGGUUAAAAUAGGAGGGCUAUACGCCCGCUCAUUUUACGCCGGACUCGCUCCGGGACCAGCGUCACCAGGCUCGCGCUGCGUGCUCGUUCCCAGGGCCUGGGUUGGACCCCAGCCGCGCGCCCGCCCGCUGCGGUCACAUGAUCUUCCGAACAGUCCAAUGGGCGAGUGCCGGUCCGAUUCAAAUCGCCUCGUGGAGCUCUGUAGUUGGAACUUGUGACGGUUAUUCGGAGUCGUGUUGUCACUGCUUUAGAGUUGCUUAGCCCACACUGAGCAGGUAGACAUGUCGAACAAACAAAUUUACUACUCUGAUAAGUAUUAUGACGACCAGUACGAGUACAGGCAUGUUAUGUUGCCCAAGGAACUUGCAAAGCAAGUACCAAAGACUCAUCUUAUGUCUGAGGAUGAAUGGCGGAAACUAGGUGUGCAGCAGUCUCUGGGCUGGGUCCAUUACAUGAUGCAUGAACCAGAACCCCACAUUCUACUUUUCCGAAGACCUCUUCCUAAGGACCAGGAAAAAUAAAUCUUCAAUUUCUGGAAAUUUCUGGGACUUCAUGUAAAUAUUGUAGUAUUCAGUGAAUACAUUAAAAUUGUACAAAUUCAUUCAAACCUGUGUAUGAGCUGUAUUCUAAACAGCAAUAGAGCUCAUUGUGGUGCAGCGGGUUUAGACUGCUGUGAGACAUAUUUAAAAACAAAAGUACAAGGAGUCAAAAUGAUGUUGGUUCCACUCUAACAAAAAAAAUUAUAGUACCUUCUGUUAACUUUUUCCUGUAAACUCCAUUUUGUCUUUUUGAUUGAUACAGUUGUGAAUAAAAAAAAUUUAUGUAUUGGUUUAAGUUGUUCUUUUUUGCGGGGGCGGGUGGAAUUAAGUAAGUACAUGAAUUUGACUCGGUCUGGUUUGGGCAUUUUUUGUAAUUGUAACUGUACUUUCAAUGAACUUGGAUGUUAUUUGCUGGAUUAAAUUUACUAUGUCUAUAAUUUCCUUCCAGUUGGUUGUAGAUUACAGGGCUUUGUGAGCACUUUU